AACAGAAAUGCACUCAGAAUUACUUUCGAAGAUAGAGAUGUAUCCAAACAAUCAGUUCUUCCGAGAAUUACUGAACCCUAAGCACAAAUUUAUCGAGCAUGAGCUCCAUCAUAGUACUGACCCCAAAGAUGUGAAAAUUAUGAAGAACAUCAAGAGGAUAUUCGAGUCUAAAAGUAGCAAGAGACUUUCAGAGAUUAGUGGUAAUCCCUAGAAAACCCAUGAACCAAACCCAGUCUAUGUUCAAUGUAGAGAAGAGAAAGGGAGCUCUUUCUCCAGACCAAAGUUACUAUAGAGCUAAGGAUCGGUUUUGGAAGUAUAACAAAGAUAUCAUCCCACGACCUUUACCCUAUAAUCCUAAUACCAGGAUUGAGAAACCAGAGAUAGGCACAAGUACGAUGUCCGAAAAGGAAUUUUACCUAAAAGUUUUCCCUGAACGAGUGAAGAAAGCUCCCUCUAGUGGCCAUAUAAAUUUGAACCAAAAAUCAAAGAUUAAGCUGCCUAAAGUGAAGAAGAGAAAUGAACCUGUCAAGCUCAAGAUCAAUCAUGGGCUUGUACCUGGGAUUAAAUAAAUACAAGCUAAAUAAGCCUCUGACUCAAAGAUGAGGAGAUGAAGACAGUCCGAAAGAUAAGAAAGAUCUUAUUUCCAUCAUAAUGAAGCUCUACAAAGACAAAUAAGCCGUUCAAGACUCUUCCAUUUUCAGAACCCUCCUUGAUUGAGGAAUCUGAGGAUGAGAAAAAGCCUCCUCCGAUUCGUUCUCAAAAGAUUCUAAAGAGUCUGUACAAAUAUGGAUCUUGAAAAUCAGCAACACAUCGGAUUAAUGAGAGAAUCAACCAAGUGAAAGAAGAACAAAAAGGGAAGAAUCAGGCUACUAUAGCUAAGAGGAAGUCUUUAAAAAUCCCUCCACCUUUAAGCACAGCUUUGCAUACUCAGCAAUGGCAGAAAGAAAUGAUUAGCUUUCUUAACGAGAGUAAUUAUACCGAAGAUCUGAAUAAGAAGUUCAUGGUGUACCAGAAGGCGUUCAAAAAUAUCACAGAGGAGGACCAAGAGACCCAAGAAGUACUUGACCAGCUCUUCCAUGGCCUGAUUAAGAUCAGUAAGGCGAUUACCAAAAUAUAAUUUUUGAGCUG